AUGCCGAGCAUGACCAGGACCAGGGUGCACACUUUAUGCCACACUUGCAAGUCCAGCCGCCUGCUUCCAUCUGGGCGCUGCCUGAAGGGCGCCGUGAUGAAUGGUGUUCCUGCAGCAGCCUGGCUGCUGCUGCCACCCGUAGUAGUGAUCUGGCUUGUCCGCGCCGACGGCGCAGAUGCCUGUGCCAGGCUGGCUCCCGCUCGCGGCUCCGCGAGCGGCUCGAUCGAGCGCGGGCUCCAGCGGCAGCCGAGCGAGGCGUGGUCUCGCUAUGGCGGCCGCGCGGCCACGCUGGGGUCCCUGGCCGAUGGGCUGCCCUAUGUGCCGUCCAUCCGCAAAUCAUGUCCUGGGGCUGGUGGCAGCUAUGCCAACGCCAGCAGCGCAGACACCGCGAAGCUGCUGGCCCAGUUGCAAGCAGCAUUUGCUAAGCUGCGGCGUCCGACGGUUCACAAGUCCUCCGCCGCUGAGGAUGCGGUAAGCAUGGCGCAGACGGUCGGCGAGGCCGAGCGAUUGGCGAUGCUUCCCUCGCUGGAAGAGACGCCGCCCGCGCACGUCGUCGCCGCUGACCUUAUUGGCUUGGCCGAGGAAGCCGAGGAGCUGAGCUCGGAGCGCGGAGGUCCUGGGGCCACGCGCGCUGCGGUCGGGUCGCUGCAGAUCUGCUUCGCCUGGCCGGCCCUGAAACGGGACUCGGAAGUUUUCACGGUGCCUGGCCGGAGCGGGGAGGCGCGCGAUCGAGUUCGAGCUUGCGUCGUCGCCGAACGCGCCGCCCACGAGGACUUCGAGAGCCCCGCGGUGUCUCCUGGGAGUCCUGGGGUUGGCGCGGACGGCUCGGGGGAGCCGGAGCGGGGGGUCACCGGGCAAGCGCAGCAGGAGGCUGAGAAGGACGAGAACGAGGACGAGGUGAUCAACGAAGAGCCGGCGGCGCAAGAGGGAGUGAGGUCUCUUGUGGCCGAGCCCCCACUGUACACCUUCGAGAACCACCGCAUCUCAGAGAUCCCCGACUCCUCCCGCUCCGAGGCUGCCCUGGCCGCGGCCCCGCCUCCGGACACGAGGGGAGACCGUGCAUCCAGAGGCGCGGGCGUCGUCCCGAUCGUCUGCCAGAGGCCCGAGUCAUGGCCCGAGCGGCCAGAGGACACCGACAGAAGGUUCAAUUGCGGCCAGAUGGGCUUUUGUUGCGGCCUCGUGGGUUUUAGUGCGACCAAGGCCGACCGGGGCGGCAGCCUCGGCUGGAGAGCCAUGCAGAUCUUCGUGAAGACUCUGACGGGCAAGACCAUCACCCUCGAUGUCGAGGCGUCGGACACGAUCGACAACGUGAAGGCCAAGAUCCAGGACAAGGAGGGCAUCCCCCCGGACCAGCAGCGCCUCAUCUUCGCCGGCAAGCAGCUGGAGGACGGCCGCACCCUCAGCGACUACAACAUCCAGAAGGAGUCCACUCUGCACCUCGUGCUCCGCCUUCGUGGCGGCGUGAUCGAGCCCUCCCUGGCGGUGCUGGCGCGCAAGUACAACUGUGACAAGAUGAUCUGCCGCAAGUGCUACGCCCGCCUGCCGGCCCGGGCCGUGAACUGCCGCAAGAAGAAGUGCGGCCACCGGGGGAUCGGUGUGCAGGCCUUCCUGGCGCGGCCGUGGGAGGCGCAGACGCUGGUCCUGCGGCCAGGGUCGGCCCAGGACGAGGACGACGACCUGUGCGACGGGGCGGGGGGCCGCGACAACCCGAAGGGGCUGCGCAGGCGCAAGCGCGCAGGCCAGGCGGCGCGGGAGCGGCGCAACGGCGGCAUCCGCCCCGUGCACGGCGCUUCCAUCCUGAGCAGCCUGCGCGGGCACAUCGGGGCCGGCGGCGGCAGGCUGCAGGACACCUGCAGGAGCUGCGCCCAGGGCUCGCUGGUGCACGUGCUGCGCUUCGCGCUCUUCGCCGCCACGUCCUGGUCCAUGAGCUGCGCCCUCUCCGCCGGCGUGGGCCGCUGGUGA